AUGGCCGACCGCAAACAUGCACAUCCUACCCUGCAACACAGCAACUGGGAAGCAGGAUUCACGCUAAAAUUUAACAAAAUGUGCAAGCAGUACUGGAGAGGCUGGCAGGAACGUCGAAAGCAAACAAUGAGAUCUGCACCCGUGGAGUUACCUAUGGACAGUGCUCCGGAGCCUCGGCGCCCCCGUCCUGCACUGGGAACCAGGAAGGCUCAAGCACGCACCCGCAGUCCAAAUGCAGCGAAACAGAGCAGCAGCACUAGACCCCGACACGUCCCUACCCCGGGGAUGGUGAGAGAGGCACAUGGACAUGGGAAACGGGAGUCCUUUAACAACAAGGACUGUGGGAGUGCUGCAUGGCACGGCGACAUGGGGGACGAGAACUCCACGCUGCCCCUAUCUGCAUUAGGUCUGAUCACCACGGGAAUAGGCUGA